GCCCAGCGGCGCUGGCCCCGGGGACAAGGGGCACAGGGGCACAGGGACACAGCGACGCCGGGAGCCGCUGCCCAGCCAGGGAGGCAGCAGCCGGGGCGGCUCCCGAGGGACGCGUGGGACAAGGUACAUCAUCUUGGCCAGCCUACCGAAACCACUCCUCGCUGUGCCAACACCUUCAUCAGGCAUCCACUGACAGGCUCCAGGAUGGCUCUGCUGGAGACCAGCAAGUACUCGCAGGGCUCGGUGCUCGGCAGCGUGAAUCCCGACCUGGCCAGCGAGAGGCAAACUGCUUCCUUCUGCGUGGAAAAGCUCACGGCCCUGCUGGAUGGUGGUGCAGAGCAGACUCGGAUACGGAGAGCGGUGGUGGAAGCUAUCCAAUCCGACCCUGUAUUUAGCAGAGAAAACCAGUAUUUCCAGACCCAAAAUGAGAGGUACGAAGCAGCAGUCAGGAAGGCUGUUCAUCUCCAGAAAAAGAUGCACGAGAUGGGAUGGACUGAGAAUGGAUCUGAAUAUAAGUACAUUUACAGCAGGGCGCUGUCCGGGGACGUCGCGUUUCUCCUUCACCGCGUCUUCAUGAGAAGUAUUUCGGUGCUGGGCUCUGACAAACAGAUUGCCAAGUGGAUUCCUCUCGCCACCCAGCUCCGGCUCAUUGGAAGCUACGCCCAGACUGAACUGGGACAUGGCACUUAUCUUCAGGGUUUGGAAACAACAGCAGUCUUUGAUAUUGCUACUCAGGAGUUUAUACUGAACACACCAAAGAUCUCUGCCAUGAAGUGGUGGCCUGGAGACAUGGGACGAUCAGCGACCCACACAGUGGUCUUUGCUCAGCUGUACAUCCAUGGGAAGUGCUAUGGCAUCCAUCCCUUCAUCGUGCAGAUACGCAGCCUUCAGGACCAUUCACUCUGCCCAGGCAUAACUGCAGGAGACAUUGGUCCCAAAAUGAAUUUUGAGGCCGUUGACAAUGGCUACCUCAUGCUGAAGAACGUGCGCAUCCCCCGGGAGAACAUGCUGAGCAAGUUUUGCGAGGUUCGACCAGACGGCACCUAUGUAAGACAGGGGUCACAGAAGAUUAAUUAUUUCACAAUGACUGCAGUGCGCAUCUCCCUCAUUUCAGACGAGGUUCUGACCCCCCUCAUGAAAGCCUGCACCAUCGCCAUCCGCUACUCCGUGGUUCGCCGGCAGUCCAAGUUAAGGCCCGGGGAACAAGAAGCAAAAAUCCUUGACUACCAGACUCAGCAAGAGAAACUGCUGCCCCAGUUGGCAGCAGCCUAUGCCUUUCAUUUCAUCAACAACUACCUGCAGGAGCUGUUUGACAGGGGGUACAGAGAGAUCCAGAGGAAGAACUUUGACAUGCUGCCAGAGCUCCAUGCAUUGUCUUCGGGCUUUAAAGCCGUGAUCACUCACCACGGCACUGCAGCAGUGGAGAUCUGCCUCCGGGCCUGUGGGGGACAUGGCUACUCCCUGCUGAGUGGACUCCCUUCCUUGUAUACUAAAAUACUUGCCUCUUGUAUUUAUGAAGGGGAAAACACCAUCUUGCUCCUGCAAACUGCCAGGUUCCUGAUUAAGUGCUUCAUGGCAGCCAGCGCUGGCCAGCCUGUUCCACCAUCUGUCACUUAUCUGGCUGCAGUGAAACCUGGGAAGUGUCCAGCCAAGAACGAGUCAGAUUUUCUCAGUCCAGAUAUUUACACUGAGGCCUAUCAACACGUGGCAGUCAGGCUCAUAAGCAGCACAGCAGCUAAACUACAGGAUUUGAUUCAGUCUGGAGCCAAGAAGUACGACGCAUGGAACCAGUGCACUGUGCAGCUGGUGCAGGCUGCAAAGGCUCACUGCCACUACAUCACAGUGAAAAACUUUGCAGAAACUGUGGAAAAACUCGAGACCAAGGCUGGCAUCCAGAGGAUUAUGAAACAUCUCUGUGACCUCUUUGCACUACACGGGAUCUUCUCGAAUACAGGAGCCUUCUUGCAUGAUGGAUACAUAUCUGCAGCUCAGAUGGACAUGGUCACAGCAUCCUACCUGGACCUCCUGGCUGUUAUUCGGAAGGACGCCGUUCCACUGGUGGAUGCCUUUGACUUCACAGACAAGAGCCUGAACUCGGCGCUGGGCAGUUACGACGGGCAGGUUUAUCAGCGGCUUUACGAGUGGGCUCAGAAGUCCCCCACCAACAAGAUGAGCCCAGCCUACGAGAGGUAUUUGAAGCCACUUCUUCACAACGCACUAUCGAAAUUAUAAAGGACGUGUUCCAAGUGAAGGACACACGUUUCCUCCUGUUCUUUGUGCAGCAGUACAUUUAUGAAGCAUCAGUAAUGACUAAUCAGACUAAUCAGAAUUAAUAAUCAGUUGCUUACUUGCAGUUACAACAAGUAUGAAAGAUUCUCAGCGAGCCAUUUGCAAUUAGACAGACGCCAAGCAGCACUGAGUGGUACCCACUGCUAUGAGACAGCCCAGGAAUGGUCCAGGGUUCACUGUUUUCUAACCUGAAGUGUCCUGACAGCAUCAAAACAAACAGCUUCCUUAUUCUUUUUCUAAAUCCACUAUAUGAUGAUUAAGGAAGAAAAAAAAAAAAACCCACCACCACAUUAUGAACCCCCUUCUCAGGGUGUUGGAACUAUACAGUGCCUUCAAAAAAAACCCCAAAACAACCAACUGUACUGAAAAAUCCAGUGAAGGUAAAAUUAUGAUCCUUCGUUUCUAA